UGUAAAUAUUCUCAUAUCUUCGAUUCGUCUGAUAGCCGCGCUAGAUCAUUCAAAGUCCUGUCGUCCUUGAAGUUCAUCGGAGUCCGGAAUUGUACUUAAGGCGAGGAUGAUGUUCGACGCUUCCUUGAUGACCGCUGUUAUGUGGGGGCUCAUACUGCGACUUUCGACUAUGACCUUCCCGCAUUCUGGGCAGAGCAAGCCCCCUAUGUACGGGGAUUACGAAGCUCAACGACACUGGAUGGCGGUAACCACGGAAUUACCAAUGAAAGAGUGGUACGUGCAGACUCCAAGGAAUGAUCUCCAGUACUGGGGUCUGGACUAUCCUCCCCUGACAGCCUACCAUAGCUGGCUGUGUGGGAAAAUAUCGGCAUCUCUCAAUCCAUCGUGGACUAAGUUGAAUUCAUCUAGAGGCCAUGAGAGUCACGAACACAAGCGCUUCAUGAGAUACUCUGUAUUAGUCUCAGAGAUCUUGACUUUCCUCCCAGCUGUCCUGUACUACGCAUCCGGGAGCAGCUCAGUUAUUGAGAAGGAUAUAACCGUGUGGGUAUUUCUGAUGAAUCCAGUUCUGAUCCUCAUCGACCAUGCACACUUCCAAUACAACAGUGUAUGUCUGGGACUAUUCGUGGCCUUCGUCGCGCUCGUCAAAAAUGAACGAUAUAUCCCUGCCGCCAUCGCCUUCAGUUUAGCACUGAACUUCAAGCACAUUGCGCUGUACUAUGCGGUUCCAGUAUUCUUGCACAUGUUGAAGGCCUGCGUCUCACCUCCUCAUAUCACCCGAUUCAUGAGCAUAUCCUUGGCGGUGGUCGCGACUUUCGGUAUUCUCUGGGCGCCUUUCCUCAUCAAUGGAACCGCUCUCAACGUUAUCCAGAGGAUAUUCCCUUUCAACAGGGGAAUCUAUGAGGAUAAGGUAUCGAAUUUUUGGUACGUCGGCUCGCUCGUGCUCAAGUUCAAGAAGGUAUUCUCACAAGAGCGACUCGUGCAAUUCUCUCUCCUGUCAACAUUCUUCGCCUCGCUCCCCUCUUGGUUCAUGUUGCUUUGCCGCACCGAUAACCCUCACCACAAGAUGAUGAAUUUCAAAUUCGCCCUGUUCAACACAUCGAUGGCUUUCUACCUGUUCUCGUACAUGGUUCAUGAAAAGUCAAUCCUGUUCCCGCUAACAGCAUUGUUACUGGUCACGGCGCAAAAUCCUGAAUUCGUGUGGUACUUCACUGGAGUUGCUUCAUUCAGCCUUGUCCCCCUGCUGCAGAAGGACGGCGUUCUGCCUGCCUACUUUGCUCUCGUCCUCCAGAGUUUCUUCAUCAUUUAUAAAAGUCACAUCGAGAAUCUCUCGAACCGACGAUGGAAUCAAUACUAUUUGCUUCGUAUAUUGAUGAGCGCUUCUCUAUUGGUCGCACUCCUCCUGCAUGCGAUCGAGUUUUUGUUCAUGCCUCCGAAACGCUUCCCGCAUCUGUUUGUGGCGCUGAAUUGCAUCUUCUGCUUCGUACACUUCCUCUUCUCUUAUCUCUACGGCCACGUCCUCCAAUGGAGAUACUCCUUCGGCGUCGCCGAUGAGAAAACCGAGUGA